AUGCAAUUCGAUAGCUCCACUGCCUCGCGCGCAUUCGCGUUCGCCAUCGCCGCAUACAACGCCCCGCGCGUGCCACCCCGCAACCUCCGGCAGGCGCGGUUCGGCGGUGCACGCGUCAUCUACUUGGAUGCACCAGAGGCAGCGCCGGCGUCUUAUGAUGCAACGCUGCAGGCGGGUUACAUGCCGCUCGCAUUCAUUGACGCUCCUGACACGGGCACGCAGGCCGAGUUGUGGGUGUCCUGCGAUGAGGGCGAGGGCAGAGAGCAGAAGAGGGUGCUCGCGUUCCGAGGCACCGACUUUGAUCGAGUGCAGGACCUCUUCACCGAUUUGUUUGUGCGGCAGAGGCAGCUUCCUUCUGCCGCCACGUUCGCCACUUGCCCUGCCGUGGCGCCAUACGCGCACGCGGGCUUUUUCCGCGCGUGGCUGAGCGUGCGCGACGCCACGCACGCCCUGUUAGAGGAGACCGGCGACGGAGCGCUGCUGAUCACUGGCCACAGCCUCGGCGGCGCUCUGGCCAUGCUAGCGGCGCGAGACUUGGGCCCCGCGCUGGCUUCCAAGAUGUCAAUCUACACUUUCGGCAACCCGCGCGUUGGCGAUGCUGCGCUGGCGGAGGACACCGAUGCCGCUACUCGUGAGUGUGAGGGGCCCUUCCGGUGCAUCGUGGAGGACGAUGUCGUGGCGCGGCUGCCACGAGGCAAGCAGGCCAACCGCAUUUACGACUAUCGUCAUGCGGGAACCACCGCCCUCCUCGAGGGCGGCUCCGUGCGGCUAGCGAAGGCGGACGGGGAGGACUGUCCGCUGGCGGAAGUCGACCCGCUGUACGAAGGGGUCUUCCCUCCGAUUCUCAACUUUGGCGCCUUGCGCCGCUCCAACCUGGCCGAGUUUGCCGCGGAGAUCGGGCGCCUCGUGCGCGGCCGCCUCGUGGUCGCGCAUCUGAGCAAGAGCUACCAAGGCGCGCUGAGCAAGUUGGGCGGCGGGGAGUCAUAG